AUGGGUCAAAAAUAUUCCUGGGUUGCCAGCAUCUCCCGAAGCAGAGGCAGGUGGCUAUGUUCCUGCUGAUUUGUUAAACUCUAAGGUACUUCCCACUGUAAAGAAGUCACCUAACUAUGGAGGUGUGAUGUUAUGGUCAAGGUACACAGAUAGAUUGAGCGGAUAUAGUAAGCGCCUUCACCUUGGUCCUCUUUGCACACCUCAAAGUGCUCCCAAAUGCAGGAGCCAUGACAAUGGUUUUGAAGAAAGUUUUGGUUACAUGUCCACUGAUAGUAUUAAGGUUCACGAAAGAGAGAAUAUUAGUGGACAGUGUUGUGAGAUCAUAUGCCGGAACAAUUGUUCUUGUGAGGCUUAUGCACCGAUUAAUAGAAUUAACAAAACUGGAUGCCAGAUGUGGCUUAAAGGAACUAGGUUCAUUGAAGAUGCAGAGUCAAAAGGACAGUCCAUUUAUAUUGUUAGACUUAGGCAAGAAGUAAGCAAGUGGUGGAUAUGGCUUAUCAUUGCAGUGGGAGGAAGCCUAGUAUUACCUCUGAUAUGCUACUUAUGCUAUGCCUCAUUGAGAAAAUACAAAGCAGAAGUGGAUAGGAAAACCAAGCAAAAGAAGAUAUUACAUGAAAUUGGAGGCAAUGCGAUGAUUUCCAUGGUGUAUGGCAAAGCCAAAAGAAACAAGAAAAAUGGGAAGGAAAGGAAUGAGGUUGAAAUUUUCAGCUCUGAGUGCAUUGUGGUUGCCACAAACAAUUUCUCAGAUUCUAACAAGCUAGGAGAGGGCGGUUUUGGUCCUGUAUAUAAGGGGACACUACCCGAUGGGCUGGAAGUUGCAAUAAAACGACUGUCUAAAAGUUCUGGACAAGGGCUUACAGAAUUCAAAAAUGAGGCUAAACUUAUGGCUAAACUACAGCACACUAAUCUUGUGAGGCUUUUGGGCCUUUGCAUCGAAAGAGAUGAAAGAAUUAUAGUUUAUGAGUACAUGCCUAACAAAAGCUUGGAUUUCUACAUAUUUGAUGCAAGCAGAAGAAAUGUACUAGAUUGGGAAAAACGGUUUAGCAUCAUCGAAGGAAUUGCCCAAGGACUUCUUUAUCUACACAAAUAUUCAAGACUAAAGGUCAUACAUCGUGACUUGAAGGCAAGCAAUAUAUUACUUGAUGAAGAAAUGAAUCCUAAAAUAUCUGAUUUUGGCACGGCUCGAAUAUUUGAAUUAAGAGAAUCUGAAGAAAACACAAAUAGAGUAGUCGGUACACGUGGCUACAUGGCUCCAGAGUAUGCAAUUAAUGGCAUUGUUUCAAUCAAAACAGACAUAUUCAGCUUUGGUGUGUUGCUAAUAGAGAUUCUUAGUGGCAAAAAGAAUAACAGUGGAUUUGAUUUAGAUCGUCCUUAUAAUCUAAUAGGAUAUGCAUGGAAGCUCUGGAAUGAAGGUAGAGCUUUAGAGCUAAUGGACUCAGGAUUAGAUGAACCGAGCGUGCAAAACAAAGUGCAGAGAGGAAUUCAUAUUGGCCUCUUGUGCGUUCAAGAUCAAGCAAAAGACAGGCCUUCCAUGUUAGAUGUAAUUUCUUUUCUGUCAAAUGAUUCCAUUCAACUUGCCAAACCAAAGCAACCAGCAUACUUUAUCGGUGACGUUGAGGAAGAGUCUGAGCUACAUGACAUCAGAUUCACUCCCUCAUCAUCUCUCUCCCCAACCUCUCAGAGAGAUGAUGGUAAUAACACCAAUGAUAGGGCGGCCAUUGAUGAGGCUGGUGAGGGGUCUGAUGUCAGAACCGAUAGGGAGCGUGACGACGAUGCUGCACAGUGGCAAUCUCCUUCCUCGCAGCAAUCUCACAAAUCACGCCUGAAUACUAUAAAGGUGAAGGCAGAGAUUAUACAGAGGAAGAGGAAUGCAGUUCAGAAAUUUCUCAAGAACGAUAUCGCAGAAUUGCUGAGACGUGGCCACGAUUACAAUGCUUAUCAAAGGGCUGCUGGGCUUCUGAUGGAGUAUAACAAGUCGUUAUGUUAUGAACUGAUUGAUAAGUACAGUGGCUGCGUUUUAAAUUAUCUUGACGACCUAAACAAGCAGAGGGAUUGCCCAGAUGAAUGCAAGGAAGCUGUACAGACAUUGAUAUAUGCUGCAGCAAGAUUUGCUGAUCUCCCUGAACUACGUGAGCUCAGAGCCCUCCUAACUCAGAAACAUGGCAAUUCUUUCCAACCCUACUUAAGUCAAGAGUUUGUAUCAAAGUGGAGGCAGGACCUGCCUGCAAGAGAAACCACCAUUCAGUUACUGCAUGACAUAGCUGGAGAGUUUUCUCUCCAGUGGGAUAGCAACGCUUUGAUUCAGCAAAUUUAUAGAUCACCUUCGUCAUGUGAAGAGAAGAGUAAAGAUGAAGAAGAAAAGAGCAACGAAGGAGAAGGAAGCAGGAAGGAUGUGAUCAGUAUUUAUGACAGUGGUGGCGAUGAUGAAGAUGAAUCAAGGAGCAUGCGCAGUAGCAUGUGGUCGCAAGAUAGCAAGAAGGCUUCAAGUUCAUCAUCAUCAAGUUCCAGUUCAUUGCCAAGUAUUUCUGAGGACGAUGACGAGGCACAAAACAAUAAGAAACCAUUUUCCAGCGGACUCGUUCCUCCCCCUUAUUCCCUCGUACCAAAACCUAAUAAUGACCAAGUUGAUGAAGAGAAGCCUAAGCCUACGCCUAAGCCAAAGGGCAUAUCAGUUAGAACCAUACGGUCUGGACCUCCGGCAAGGCAUGUUCAUCCUAAGCUUCCAGAGUUCGAUAACUUGACCACCCAACUAGCUUCCAUCAGACAAUCAUAAAACAAACAUCUUAGCUUUUAUAUAUAUAUGAAAUGAUGAUUUAAUUUCUUUAUUAAUGAAUAUUAUUGCUUGCGUCAUAAAACUAGCUAAGUUAUCACGUAUGUUUAUUUG